AUGGCAGACCAAUUCAAACAUCUCCGCGACAUCGGGAUGAUGCGAAACCCGCUACCGGAAGACCCGGUUGAUCGAGCAAACGUGGAACAUGUCCUUCAGCAUGGCUAUGUGGUGAUUGAGAACUGCUUCUCAAAGGAAGAGGCUGAAGCUGCGAAGGCAGAAAUUGAUCGCUUGAGUGGUUCAGCGCCAAUGAUUGGGAGGAAUUCAUUCGAAGGAUUCAACACGAAUAGAAUUUAUUCGCUGUUGAAUAAAACAAGAGAAUUUGACAAAUUCGCAAUUCUUCCGCGAGUCCUAGCGUUAAACGAUUUUUUCUUGGACCCGGGAUAUAAUAUCACCUCCUUUCACACUAUCCAGAUCAAUCCAGGCGAAAAGAACCAGGACAUGCAUCAUGACGAUGCAUUCUGUCAUGUUCCACGCCCGCGUCUGCCAUUGGGCGCUGCCAUCAUCAUCGCAUUUGAUGACUUUACCGCCGAAAAUGGUGCGACGGGUGUGAUCCCGGGCAGCCAUACCUGGGGUGCUGACAGGCGCGGAAAAUACGAAGAGACCGUUCCAAUGGUUUGCCCUGCAGGGAGCGUUGUCUACUUCAUUGGUACCACAUGGCACUGCGGAGGUGCCAAUAACUCCUCCAAACCAAGAAAAAGCGCAACAAUUCGCCCAAUUGAGAAUCAAAUCCUCGCCGUUGACCCUCGCAAACUGAAAGAAAUUCCCCCACGGAUUGUCGAGAUGAUGGGAUAUCGGAUCCAUCGACCGUUUAUCGGCUACGCGGAUGGUUUGAAUCCCAUCAAAGCUGUCCAAAGGAUGGUAAAGUGGCUUCAAGAACCGGUCGAUCACAGCCCUCCAACGUUUGCUUCCACCUCCCAUGCCGAUAGCCGGCUAUGA